CACAUCCUUACAAACCCAUUUUCAUCCAAUAAAAUAAUACUCACUUAUAAUAUUAAUUUCCUCCUCAACGGUAUACACUAGCAAGUUUUUUUUUGUUUGGAUUACAUAUCAACUCUUUGCAAUAUAUAUAUGUUGCAAACCAUGACAAAAGGGGGACUCCAAUUGUUUGGGGUUCUUCUUGUUCUAGUGGUAUGCCUGGCGGCGGCGGCGGAGGGCAAGAACGUCAUUUACAAGGACCCGAGAAAGAACACGGAGUCCCGGGUCCGGGACUUGCUGAGUCGGAUGACGUUGGAGGAGAAAAUCGGUCAAAUGGCUCAGAUUGACCGGGCGGAGGCGACGGAGGAGAUCAUGAGGGACUAUUCCAUCGGCAGCGUGCUGAGCGGUGGCGGGAGCGUGCCGAGGGAGCGAGCCACCGUGGAGGACUGGGUUGAGAUGGUGAACCGGCUCCAGACCGGUUCGGUUUCGAGUAGGCUUGGGAUUCCCAUGAUAUAUGGGAUUGAUGCUGUUCAUGGGAAUAACAAUGUCUACAAGGCUACCAUCUUCCCCCACAACGUUGGUCUUGGUGCUACAAGGGAUCCUCAACUAGUAAAGAAAAUUGGUGAGGCAACUGCUCUUGAAACUAGGGCCACCGGCAUCAAUUAUGCUUUUGCUCCAUGUAUCGCGGUGUGCAGAGAUCCGAGAUGGGGAAGGUGCUUCGAAAGCUACAGUGAAGAUCCCAAAAUCGUGAAAGACAUGACCGAUAUCAUCCUUGGCUUGCAAGGGGAUGUUCCCCAGGACUACCCCAAAUCCUACCCCUAUGUUGGUGGCAAGACGAAAGUGGCAGCUUGUGCAAAGCAUUUCGUGGGGGAUGGUGGGACGGUGCACGGAAAAGACGAGAGUAACACGGUGAUAGACUGGGAAGAGUUGCUGAGGAUUCAUAUGCCGGCGUACUACCCUUCCAUCCUCAUGGGUGUCUCCACCGUCAUGGUUUCCUACUCUAGCUUGAAUGGCGAGAAGAUGCACGCGAACCGUGUUCUUGUCACCAACUUCCUCAAAGGAACCCUCAACUUCAAGGGUUUUGUGAUUUCAGAUUCAGAAGGGAUAGAUAGAAUCACAAAUCCGCCGCACUCAAACUAUACGUACUCCGUUUUAAUGGGUGUUGGAGCUGGAAUUGACAUGGUUAUGAUCCCCAACAACCACACCGAGUUCAUAGACACCCUAACCUACUUGGUGAAGAACGGAUUCAUCCCCAUGGACCGGAUCGACGACGCCGUGACAAGGAUCUUGAGGGUCAAAUUUGCAAUGGGCCUGUUCGAGGAUCCAUGGGCCGAUCUAAGCCUCGCCGACCAGCUCGGAAGCAAGGCCCACAGAGAUUUGGCAAGGGAGGCAGUGAGGAAAUCACUGGUGCUGCUCAAGAAUGAUGGGCCUUUGCUCCCACUACCCAAAAAGGCAACAAGAAUCUUAGUGGCUGGGACUCAUGCUAACAAUAUAGGCAAUCAAUGUGGUGGGUGGACUAUCACCUGGCAAGGCAAGAGUGGCAACAUCACUACAGGCACCACAAUAUUAGAAGCCAUUAUAAGCGUCGUGGACCCGACCACGGAAGUAGUGUACAAUGAGAACCCGGACGCGGAGUUCAUGAGAUCCAAUGAAUUUUCAUAUGCCAUUGUGGUCGUGGGAGAAUAUCCCUACGCCGAGUACGACGGGGACAGCGCAGACUUGACCAUCCCCGAGCCGGGUCCCGCCACCAUCACCGCCGUAUGCGGCAGCGUCAAGUGCGUGAUGGUGCUCGUCUCUGGCCGGCCGCUGGUGGUGGAACCCUACCUCCCCUUGAUGGAUGCUUUUGUCGCGGCAUGGUUCCCCGGGAGCGAAGGACAAGGAGUGAGUGAUGUCUUGUUUGGGGACUACGAGUUUACCGGGAAGCUACCGAGGACAUGGUUCAAGACGGUUGAUCAACUCCCUAUGAACGUCGGUGACUCACACUAUGAUCCACUCUUUCCAUUUGGGUUUGGCCUCACGGCGACACAGCCUAUUGCAGAUUCAUGAGUCAUAUAUGUGUGUGUGUGUGUGCGCGCAUGCUAAGGGAACCUAAACAUAAUACUCAUUCAUGCAUGGGAAGUGUAUCUAGUUGGCGCUAGUUUGGCAUAAGGUGUGCGGUGGAAUGGAUCGAAAUUUUUUUUCUCGACAUGUUCCGAAUAUGUUGGAAUGAAUAAGGGUUAGUAUUUCGGAUGUGCAGAAUGUAAUAUAUUCAUACAGACAUUCUGAAAUAUGAAUCUCAUGAAAUACUUAGUGGGAUAACAUUGUUGUGAGAAGUAUAUAGAACAUAUAGUGGUAUUGAAACACUUUGUACACAGAACUACUCAGAAUACAAGGUUUGAAUUUAAUGCAUCUC